AUGAGCGUUGCAACGACUGUUCCUGACGAAUUUACUGGGUACGCAGUCUAUGACCCUUCUGAGUCGACAUGGUCAACAGUUCAAGAAUUCAAAUUCAAGCCAAAACCGUUUGACGCCAACGAUGUUGAUAUUUUAGUUGAGACAUGCUCGAUUUGUGGAUCUGAUGCCCAUACUGCCAGAAACGGCUGGAAGAAGGCUACACAGAAGUAUCCAAUUGUUGUUGGUCAUGAGAUUAUCGGUAAGGUUGUCAGGGUUGGCUCCAACGUGCAAGAUUUCAAAGUAGGGGAAAGAGUUGGCGUUGGAGCACAAGCACAGUCCUGUUUAAACUGUGAUAUGUGUAAGUCCACCAACGAUAAUUACUGUCCUCAUAAGGUAAUGACAUUUGGCGGCAUCUAUACCAAUAGCGACGGCACAACAACAAUGUCACAUGGCGGAUAUUCCAAUUUUGUUAGAAUUCAAGACCAUUUUGUCUUUCACAUACCUGAUUAUCUAAAGAACGAAGAAGCAGCACCUUUCCUAUGUGCCGGUAUAACUACGUAUUCCCCUUUGUCUAGAAACCUGCCAAGAGAGUUGCUUGCUAAUGGUAUCAAGCCUAAGGUUGGAAUUGUUGGUCUUGGAGGAUUGGGUAUGAUGGCAAUUCAGUUUGCAAAAGCCUUAGGAUACGAAGUGUAUGUGUUCAGUAGAGGCGAAUCCAAGAGGAAUGAUGCGAUGCAACUUGGUGCCGAUAGGGUUGUUAUUACUGGCAAUUCCUUGAAUUGGUUGGAUGAUGUGGAGGAAAAUCGGGACGUCAAGUUUAAGCUUGAUUUGGUUGUCUGUACGGCAAACUCGAGUGAAAACUUCGACUUGGACACCUAUUUGAAAGUCCUCAAGAUCAAUGGGAAGUGGGUCUCUGUGGGAUUGCCGGAAACACCAUUCACCGUCUCGCCACGAACAUUCAUGGCGAAUGCUUGUUUUAUGGGAGCCUCGUUAUUGGGGUCUCACAAUGAAAUGGUUGAGAUGUUCAAGUUGGCUGAGAAAAACCAAAUCAAGCCUUGGGUGGAGUGCCUAACAAUGUCUCCGGAAAACUGUAAACUAGGUCUGGAAAAGUGCCAUUUUGGCAAAUGUAGAUACAGAGUUGCUUUAACUGACAUUGAUAAAGCAUUCAAAUAA